ACUCGCCCACCUACACACCUACGAUUAGCAUACAUACAACCACCAUCCACCCAGAAUAAAACGGUGUCGUAGGAAUAAAUAACCAAAAAAAUAUUUCACAGAUAAACAUAGGUCGCAUGAAGCCAGUAGUUAAAUAUUAGUUGACAAAGGUUGAAAACGAUUACAGACUUUGAAGCUUAAACAAACAGGCCUUGCAAGAAAAAAAUGGAAAAAGACACAGAUGGGAAAAAAACAAGUUAAUCUUUACAUCAGAAUGUCUGUACAAGGUGCGGUUCCACUGUGUGCAAUGCACACAUCCUGACCCGAGCCGGUCAAUCAGCCUGUGGGACAAACCAUUAUCGCUGUGUGCCUGGCUGAUGCUGCUGCUGGGUUUUGUUUGUAGAAAUAUUAUAUCACUUGAGACCAGUCAAAGCUAUGUAUGUAUGUUGAACUUCUUUCACAGCAUACGUAGCCAGCCAUGCUAAUUCGAAGUGCAGGGGAAGGACAACAAACUAAUCACAAAAAUCAGUUUUAGCUAUAACAGUGCGUGUCUAUAACGCCACGUCUACACAGGUGAGCACGGCCACCGUGUGGAACAUUCCAGGGCGUGUCUAAAGGUAUUUAUAACUUAACUGCAGGUGAAGUAAAGUUCAAUUUCCUUGUUCGUCUCCCCUGUGUGAGCUGCUGCUGCGAUUGCUCCUCCGUGAGCCGCGGCGAGCAACUGAGUCCGAGUAAAGCUAUGGCGAGCGCAUCUCCCAGUGAAUGUGUAGACAGUGAGCUGAGCUGCCCCAUCUGCCUGGGCACGUUUGAGUGCCCCUCCACGCUGAGCUGCGGACACUCGUUCUGCCUCCGGUGUCUGGACGGUGCCUGGGAGAGAGCGAGCAGCUUCAGCUGCCCGCAGUGCCGAGCGGCCUUCCCUGAGCGGCCCCAGCUGAAGAGGAACGUGGCGCUCGCCAACCUGGUGGAGCAGCUCAGAGUUGGAGAGAGGAUGGCCGCAGUUGUCUUCUGUGACACCUGUGGUGAUGGAGAGACUCCUGCAGUGAAGACCUGUCUAAGGUGUGAGACUUCCUUCUGUGACUCUCACCUGAAACCUCACCUGAACAACCCGAGAUUGAUGGACCACGUCCUGGUGGCUCCCAUUGUCAGCCUGGAGGAGCGAAGAUGCCAGCAGCAUGGAGACCCCUACAGGUUCUUCUGCAAGCAGGACGAAAGCCUGAUCUGCACAGUCUGCACAAUCGCAGGGCACCAUAGAGGGCAUGAUGUCAACACACUGGAGGAUGUGCAUGAGAUACGGAUGAGUGGAGUCAGAGAGGAGACGCGAGCGGUGGAGAAGAAGAGGAGUGAGGCUGAGGGGUCUGUGGAACGGAUGGAGGCCACUCGCAGGGACGUGCAGGGAUCUAUGACUGGGGUGAAGGAGCGAAUCAAAGCUGAGUUCACCCGCCUGAGAACGGCACUGAAUGAGGACGAGAGGGUGGCUUUACAUCGCGCAGAACUGAAGGAGAAGGAGCUGCUGUCCCAGAUCGACAAGAACAUCGCUCAUUACAAGCACGAGAUCAGCGAGCUGCAGAAAGCAGCCGCGCGCCUCCGCACUCUGCAGGAGGAGAGGGACUCGCUCACGUUCCUGAAGGGGCACCUGGAGGAGACACGCAGGGGAAAGGUUCCUAAGAAGUCUCCGCCCCCAGCUCCUACUCCACUGGACACCCCCACGAUCUGCUCCCUUGAGAGAGUCAUGGGCAGACUGCUCCCUCUCGUCUGUGAGUUCAUCACUCCUGCCCCAGUGUGGAGGGGAGACCUUGGCUAUUGAAACAACUGAUUCCAGAUACUAGGGUCCUGGGUUCAAUGCCCAGUUCUAACUGAUGCCCAGUAUAGUCAAUGUACUCAUGUGCUGUGAGUCUAGGCUGAGCUUAGUCUCCAAUCGUUGCACAACAAACACAACCCUCUAUUGCUAGUAGCACUUCGUUCACUCUCAUCCAAAAGCGAGGGCAUCAAUGUCAGUGUCAUAUCAUGAUGCAUAUGACUCAGUGUUAAUUCCUGAGACUCACAGAAGCAGAAUAAGUCUCGUUUUGGAAUGUCAGGAUUCAUCAUUCCUAUUCCAGGCUGUUACAUUUAGGCUCGAGCAACUUUUAUAAGUCGUAGGGUUCAGUGUCCAUAUUCCAGGCUCAGGUGAUAAUUUUAUCACUCUUCAUAUCAUAAGAUACGUUACAGUUACACAGGUAGUGAAUUAUCUAAAUUUUAAUGUAUAGUGCACACACAUGAGUGUAAAUCGCUCUUACGGUGCUCUAUUAAUACUAGACGGGUAUGUUAAACUUGUUUCCCACCGCACUUAGCCAACCAUGCUAAUCGGAGGUGCGAGUGUAUAAUUAUUGAGCGAGGAUGUCAUUGGCCAAUGUGGCAGAUGAAUCUAUUAGUAGAGGAGGUUUCUCGGUCAAGGAUGUCAUCAUCAGACGAGAGCCAGACUACAUCACCGUUGUAAUGCAAAAGGUUAAUUGUUAAUGCAUGAGGUGCAUAGCCAGGCUAACUCAGCAUUAGGAUUCAUCAAUAUUGCUUGAGGCUGCUAUAUCCCUUCUAAGGCACCUCAAGGAUUAUUGGGAUUGGGUGUUAAUUCCCGAGGCUCACAGAGCCACACUGGGCUAUCACUGUGGCUGACCAUGUGUAUCACUGUACAUGUGUUAUAGUGCAAAGACGUCUCAGAGGCAGAUCUUCUUAGGGGCUUACGCCAAGGGUUUAUUUGGGGCUUACGCUAAGAGACUAUUAGGGGCUUAUGCCAGUUAUGGGCUAAGGGCUAAUAUAAUUCUCCCCAGGGAUAGGGUACUGGGACUCCUAACACACUGACUUACCGGGCUCUUCCCACUGUGCCAGCCGAGGGCUCUACCAAAAUCGGCCGAAUGGGUAAAGCAGCCACUCCUAACCCUCAUGCUAGAUUUCCCCUAUUCCCCGUCAGCCCUACCCCUGGGUCCCAACUUCCACCCUUCACGUUCCCGGGCUCCUGCUACGAUCCGCUCAUGUCACGGGCUCCAGCUUAAGUACCCCACGGAGACAUGACGUCAUCGCCCCGCCCCCCAUGCAUGACGUCACUGCUCGUGACGUCAUCCUACCGGACGUCACCGCACCAGAAGGUGAGCGUGAUGUAAUGUCCUCGACUACUCUUCUACAUUACCC